GCUGCUGCUUAAUUUUCUUUUCGCCUUUUCCAUUGGUUUACUUUUGAGCCAACCUGCUGAGCAAGUUAUUUCAAACAUUCAAAAAGAAUAAUAAUAGAAUUGUUUCUGUUAGUAAAUAAAGAAACGAAAUAUUUCUAAAUAAUUCAAGUUGAUCUAAGUAUUCUGCAGUGUUGGUGGGAAAGUCGUUGCAAGUUAACAAAUUUCAGAGACUACGCAUUUUUUCUACGAGUAAAAAUCAAUAAGCGUGUAAAUUUUUGUAAACACGCCAAGCCCCCGAAACGUGCCCCCAUACCACCAACAACUCAGUGAGCUGUGUCCAAAAGACCAAGCAAUUAGCCGAGUCAACGGAGCGACGUGACCACAAAACCAACAAUUGUUACGCCUUUCAAAUGUUGUUCAAACUGAAGCUGCAACUGCUGCUGUUGCUGCUGCUGCAGUUGUUGCAACUGCUUGAGGCAGCUGCAGGGCAGCCAGAGUUUGCGGCGCCUUCACAUCAUCUGACCAAACGCAUGGAUCUGGAAUCGUGCAUAGGCCACUUUGAUGUGCACAAGAACACAAUCAUACGCACAGGUGAAUCCCAGGCCAUUGGUGGCAAGUACCUGCAGGGCCUGGAGCUGGACACCUUGGAGGAGUGUGAGCGUCUCUGCUGCGAAACGGAUGCCUGUGAUGUCUACAUCUUUGAGCGAAAGGCGGGUGGUUAUUGCUACCUCUUUGAGUGCGGUCCGCCCGAGAAUUUCCAUUGCAAGUUUACGCGGCAUGCGAACUACACGAGUGCCGUGUUGACGCCUCAGGUGCGGAAUGCCAUUGAUGUGGCAAGCACGCCGAGGCCGCAGCUGCCGCAUAUACCCAGCAACAACAUAUCGCAGCAGGAGUGGGAGCUGAGCAAUCUCAAGCUGAAGCCGGAAGUGCAGCGAGACAAGCCCACAAUUGUGGUGGCAAUGCCAACAGCAAGUGCUGCAUUGCCACUGGGCGUGGCACAGUCUGUCGCAGCAGUUGUGGCACCACCUCAAAGUGCUCUCGUUGCGCAUUGUGGACGCUUUCAGUUCAGUUGCCACUCGGGCGAAUGCAUCGCCGUUUACAAUGCCUGCGAUGGAAUUCCCCAGUGCGAAGAUGGCAGCGACGAGGGACCGGAAUGCAACGCGGUUGCCUCGGCUCCCCCGAAAUCCAACAGCAACAAUAACGCAGAGCAAUAUCAAUCAGUGCCGCCCAUUCAGCAACAAUUGCAGGUAGCUCCGCAAUCCACAAUACAGCAACAGCAACAACCACAACAGCAACAACAUACAAUUAUGCUGGGACCACCACCGCCACCGCCUCCACCACCGCCUAGGGUUAAUAAUCGAGAGGAUGCUGCUGCUUGGGCCAAUCGCAAAAUGAUUGCUGAGACUCAGCAGCAGCAACAACUGCAGCAGCAGCAACAGCCACAAGGCGAGAUUUUAAGUACAGAUGAGCAGCUUAACAGUCACAUAUUCAAUCACAAAGGCGGCCUGCAACUGCAACAACAACAGCCGUCAGCUAAUGCCCAGGGGCUGGUUCAGGGACAAGCAGCGUCACCUCCACAAUCUCCGCCGCAGUACAAUAACAAUAAUAAUAAGAAUGUUGCACUUGGCGGUGGCUCUUUGUAUGGCAUGUCGCUGCCACGCACGGGCAUUUAUCUGACGCCACCGCAACAGCAACAACAGCAGCAACAGCAUCCACAAAUUGUGAGUGUAGCACAACAAUCAUCUGUUGUUAACUGGCCACAAGUUGCAGCGGUGCCAGCUCAAAUUUCUGUGCAACAACCACAACAGAGUCAGGGCUUUGUAGCUGCACCACCAUCACCACAGCAAUCCAUGUUGCCCGUGUUGAAUGCAGCGCCAACACAUGGCAAGAAUCAACCAGCUGACGAGGAUUACGAUGACUAUGAUGACGACAAGUCCACUGAGGCGCCCAAGAAGAAACAGCGCAAGCAUAAAAAGCUCAAGGCCAAGUCUGGUAAAGAUCCCAUAGAGCUGGCCCUGGAGCAGAAUGCACAACCUCAGCAGUUGCCACCGCCUGCUCUCCACGUGCCCGUUGGUCCGGUGCACGAACAAUACAAGAUGAUACAUGAGAAUCUGGGGCUGGAAUUCCGUGAUCAUGAUGGUCGCUCGGAACGUCCUGGAGGCGCUGUGCUUUCUCUAACGCUGGGUCUGCUGGUGACCGCUGCCCUGGCCAUACUAAUUGGCUGUCGCAUGCGCACAGUGGGACGACGAGCGCGUCGUUUAGGUGGCAAGACGCCCUAUUCCCAGGAGGCCGAUUUUCUGGUCAAUGGCAUGUAUUUGUAAUGUGUGUGGGAGGCAGUCCUCGUUGAGUGUGCCAGUCUCGUGUGGGGUGGAAUUUCUUGCAGUCAUGUGUGGAGGGAUGUUUAGCUGUUCCAAUUUAGUUAAAAA